CUAAUCCUACAGAAAGGAGUCGUGGGGCAAAAGUAAUGGGCGGAGGGGUUUGCUUCAAAGCCAACCGAAUCUCACUCCUUUCCUAGCCUCCUCUCACUUACAUUGCAUCUUCUUCUUCUUCUUCUUCUUCGCCUCCUCUGUUCUAUAUAUAUAUAACUUCCUGUCUCAUCCUUUUCCAUAUCAGACCUCUUUCUUUGCAUCAAUGGCGGAAACCCCAGAUGAAAAUCAAGCCCAAUUCAUCAAGGGAAAGCGAACCAAACGCACCAGGCCUCCCUCUGUUGCUUCAUCUUCCAGCGCGGAUUGUUCCAGUUCGUCGGCGGGGCUUACAGAGCAAGAAGAAGAAGAUCAAGAUUUGGCCAAUUGUUUGAUUCUUUUGGCGCAGGGGAGAACAGGGGAUUGCGCCUCUGUUUUGGUUCAACACAAUCAAUCUCUGUUUGCUUAUCAGUGCAAGACUUGCGAUCGUUGUUUUCCUUCUUUUCAAGCCUUGGGUGGACAUAGAGCUAGCCAUAAGAAACCCAAAAUCUCUAAUUCUCUUCAAACCCACGACCCUCAAUUUCACCUCUCCUUGCAGUUAUCCACCGGCCGACCACCGGCGAGUUUCGCCGCCGGUGACGUUGUUAAAUCUAAGGUUCAUGAGUGUUCCAUUUGUGGAGCGGAGUUUUCUUCUGGGCAGGCACUUGGUGGUCAUAUGAGACGACAUAGAGCGUUGACCUCUACGGCGUCGGUGGCGAGUAGAGGUGCUGCUGCUACGCCGCAGUUGCAGGAGUUAAUGAUUAAGAAAGAGAGGAAUCUGUUGGAGUUGGAUCUUAACCUUCCAGCGCCUGAGGAUGACCGGCACCGGACGGCGGUGGCUGUGUUCUCCGCCGCAUCGUCGCUGGUGGAUUGUCAUUACUAAUUGUUCUUUAUUAUAAUAUUCGUUCAGAGAAUUUGAUAGGAGAAAAAUCAUGAAUUUAUAAGCAAAGAAUUGAUACGAGAUAUUUUAGAGUCAUCAGGGUCAAUAAGAUUUGACAGCUUGGUCCUGGUCCAUUUAUUGUAGGCCCAAUGAGGCCCAACUUUGAAGUCAAAAGUUGGGAGCUGGCCUGCUGGGCCGGGCGACUUUUACAGCUGAAGAAGAAACUAUAAAUGGCGGUUCCCGGCUUGGAUGACGAUGGCGGUUACGAGGACGAUAAUGCUCUCUUUGAAGAGGACGGUGUCAUCGAGUUCGAUUUCGAUACUCCCACUCACCUCCGCGACCUUGCUAAUGCCGUCCAGCUCGGCGAAUUUAAUGGCCUACGCACCUCUCUAGUUACUGAUGGAAAGAGGGGCAAAUUUGGAGGUUCAAGAUGAAGAUGGUGCCAUUCCUUUGCAUGAUGCUUGUGCAGGGAGUUUUGUAGAGAUUGUUCAACUCCUUCUAAACAGUGCUAAUGACAGAGAAUGCGUGAAGAGGAUGCUAGAAUCAGUUGAUUCUGGAGGUGACACUGUGAGCAUGCCGCAGUUAUAAGGUAGCUGCUGGCUUCAGUGGCAUCCCCCACCAAGGAAAAUACAUACGGGAAGGCCCCAACUGAACUAGCCGAUUCAGGGACGGAGGCCAGAACGAGUUUGGAAGCUGCCUCAGCUCACAUGGCGGUGGGGUAUUAGUAGGCUCCAUCUUACAGGCUGCUUAAAAUGACUCGGGAGUGGUACAGUUUUCUUUGACCUGGUCAUACAUGUUUAUUCUACAAUAGAGCUGCAAAAUAUAAUUGAAAAUUUGAAAAAUUGAUAUUCAUUGAUUAAUGUAGAAGAUUAAAUUAUGUCAUUGAUUGACUUCAAGUUCAACAUUGAUUCACUUAAUACCCAUUGUUGGUUGAUUUAUGAAGCUUGUUGAUCAACCUUUAAUUUC